ACCACCCCUCAGGUUCUUCCUCGCCUCAUAUUCAAGAUGACUCACGAAUCUGUGUGGUACAGCCGGCCCCGCAAGUUCGGCAAGGGCUCCCGUCAGUGCCGUGUCUGCUCCCACCGCGCCGGUCUUAUCCGCAAGUACGGGAUGAACAUCUGCCGUCAGUGCUUCCGUGAGAAGUCCUCCGACAUUGGCUUCCACAAGUACCGAUAAAUUAAUUUCCCCGAUUUAUUCCUGUUCAUGACGAAUUCGUUACGUGCUCGGCGCUCGGUAGCAGCCCAGGAGGAAAUGAUUCACUGAGAAAGGAAAAAAUCCGAAUGUAUUUGGGAUUGAAUGGUUUUCGUUCCGCGGGGGGGCGCAGGGUACAGAGGCCUUCUCUUAUAAUGGGGUUCUGUUGUUAAGAGCAUGGUCAAAAAAAAAAGGAAAA